AUCGUGGCCGCGCGCCGCAGCAACAACAUCUUCCGCCGAAUCUGCCUUGCAUAACCCCCCAACAUUCUGGCUGUGAACGAAAAUCUGAACAGAUAAUCACGAGAGAAUCUUUUAUUCCCUUAAGACUGCACUGGCAGAUUUCCAAUCUUGCGCCGCUUCAGAAACUGACCGGCUACCUGCAUUCAAAAGCACGAGAGCUCCGAUAAUGUCGCUGUCUGAGGAGGCGCGUCGUUGGUGCUGCUUGGGCCGGUGGUGAGCGAGCGGGCUGGCUGGCGGGAGGACUUAGGACUUAUUGAGGAGGCCCGCCGAGCGAGCAGACCGUCAGCAGAGCAGAGCAGAAGCAGCUCACCGGCCGCCGGCAUACAAACACACAGCAGAAGCAGCAGUGCGCCCGUCACGCAGCUUGCCGAUGAGGAGCGGCUGAGAGGAGCCCCGCCGGGUCACACUCGCCCCGCCGUGUUGCCCCUCGAGCAGAAGGAAAAGCCAGGAGUUGAGCGGACGCCCGACAUGGGCAAGAAAACCAAGAGGAAGACACGAUGGCGUUCUCUUCCGAUCGAUGCCUCCUCUCAAAACGAAGAAGAUGGAGAUGAGAUUGAAGAAAACGGCGGCUCCGAGUCGCCGGCGCAGCACAAUGGCUACCGCAAGUACCGGCCGAACGGUUACUCAAAGUACCACGGCGGCCACCAUUACAACCGAUACUCAGCCUCGCAGCCGGCUUCGCAGCAAGGCUCCGAGAAAAAACUGUUCAAUGAAGACGAGUACACAAAAAUCACGACUCCGCGCCAGGACGUGCUGUUCAAGAAGGGCUACCUGGGACGGCGCCGCGCCACCCCCUUAGUGAGCAGCAGCAACGGCGUCGACGACAAUGCCGCCAACGACAAUGGAGAGUGCCCUGACAACCAGAGCGAAGCGAGUUCAGAGACGGUGACCUCGCAGGAGCAGCAGCCCCAACUGGUCUACACGAAUGGAUACAUCGAUCCUCAAGGAGGACCAGUUUUCUACCUCAAUGGAGCGUACGAAGUGUACGACCCUUACACGGGCGCGUACACGUCGUUCAUGGUGCCGGCCGGCUUCCCCCCGCAGGGUGGGGGCGUACUGACUGCCGUGCCAUGCCAGCCGCUGCCCCUGCAGCCGCUCGAGUGGUUUAGCCCCCGCGCCACCCCCGACGGCUGGUGCUUCGUGCCACCCCAGUGCCAACAAGCCCCCAUUCCCAAUGGAUCACUCGCUCCCAGGAAGAAGAGGUACUCCACAGACUCUCAGAAUUGCAGUCCAAACAGUUCCGAGUCAACGGGCCCACCUGGCAGUCCUCAGCACGAGGAGGAAGAAGAGGAAGAGGAGGAGUUGGACGGAAUCGACCCUUCCGCUUAUCAGCAGCCCCCACCCUACGUUUACCCUGGUUACAUGUUUGGAGCCGCAGUCUACAAUGUUAAUGGGGCGACUGUCCAGCCUUUGCCGCCAGCGAGCAACGGCACUGGUGGCAGUACCAACGGCUCGGUGGCCUGCACCAACGGCCACAGCAGCGAGGCUGGUCAAACCCAGACAAACGGCCACCAUCCGGCGGUCAACGGCCACGGAAAUCAGGUGGCCGAGCAGCCGGUAAACAACCUUUCUACUGCCACAUCACAGUCGAGCAAAAAGCGCAAGAAGAAGAGGAGGAGGAAGCGCAGGACCCGCGGCGAAAAAGCGGGUACUGACGAAGGGUCUGAAGAGACCAGCUCCGAAGAGGGUGCAGAUGAGAAGGAGCACAACAAAGAAGCCACAAACGGGCCAAAAGAGCCCGACAAAAUGAGCUCGUCGAGCCCUGGUCUCGGCGGCCCAUCAGAGAGCUGCAGCGAGUUGUCGCCGGCGUCGUCAGCACUGACGUCGUCACACAACUCGCAGGACGAGAUGUCCACCGAGCCAAAGCCCGCAAGGGUGGAGGCGGAGCCGCAGAACACCGUGGUGGUGAAGCAGGAGGAGGAGACGACUGUGGAUGAUGGCGAGGAGGAGGCCGUGGUGACGGCCGCCAUGGUCAUCACGCCACGCAGCCAGGCUGAAACCAUCCAGCAGCUGAUCAAGGAGGCGGUCGAGGAGCCGGUGCUGGAGGCCGUGGUGGCCCCCGAGCCCGUCGUCUGCGAGAAGAAACCAGGCAAGAUUGCGAGGAAGGGGUCCCGCAAGGCGAGGGCGCCGCCGGCGCCCUCCCCCACGCCGAAUAAGGCGUCUUCCGAAGAAAGUCUGAGCGAGGUGGGCAGCCCGAGCCCGGUGCCGCCCCCGCGGCGCCGGCCCAAGUCACGCCAGCACCGGCCGCCCACGCCGCUGCCCCUCAGUGGCGACGAGGACUCGGUGGCCGCCGACCUCUCCGAGCAGAUCGUGUGCGAGGCCGUGGCCGUCGUGGACGCUACCCCUGCCGAGAUUUCGGAGCCUGAAACUGCCGUGGAGCCCUCGAAGCGGCCCAUCACGGAGGCCGUGACUGAGUGGCUGCACGCGACUAACCCCCCGCUGUCUUUGGACAGCGAUAUCGAGGAGGAGGACGACCUAGGAGACUCGGAUGCCGGUUCAAAAAACGCGCUAGGCAACCCUUUGCCUGCUCCAUCCAGUAGCGUGCCGGAUGGAACAGCAGGUACAAGGGUUGCAAGCCUCGGAAUUGCCGGACCGGACAGCUGCAGUUGCUCCGAUCCCGAGUGGGACGCCUCGUGGGAUGGUGGAGGAGGAGGCGGCGGCGGCACAGCAGGAGGGGGAGGGACGGGGGUGGUGCGUCUCACGGGUGAGGGGUGGCUAGAUGUGCACCAGCUGACCGACUCGGGCAUCGAGUCGGGCGACGAGCCGCCUCCGGCUAAGUUCGUGCGCCACCUGCCCGACCAGGAGCCGCUGCCAUGCGCUGGUGCCGUCUGCUGCAGCAUCCAGUGACCCCACAGCGCCCCCAUCCCCCUGAACGACGACAUAGAGACUAACUGCUGCUGUGAUAGGCCCGAAGAAGACACACUCUCACACAUACACGACGACGAAGGAAGAUCGGCGACGCAAGUCUUCCUUAUCCAGCGCUUGGUUGAUUGAUUCAUAUUAUUGUUCUUGUUGUGGUGGCCUUAGCGAAAUAAUGUAUGCAUGCAUAUUUCUCAUACACACACACACACACACACAUACACGGCUCAAGCGUAUUUAUUAUAACGAGAGACACACACAUACACACACUUACACGAGAUGAACUGACGCUGCAGAUUAUCUGUAUAUUUGCAUUUUUGACCGGAAAUUGUGUGUCCGGCUGCGAAUUUGCUUGUGAGUUACUAACAAUUCGGCCACUUUGAUUAGUUACAAGUUUGGUUUGGAUUCUGCAGUUCUGGCCGUAGGAUAUUUGCAAAACUGUUAUGAACACAUAUCUUUUGGCAACGUUGUUGUUCUUUUGAAGGACUCUCUCUGCUGGCUCAAACGAUCGAAUCGGAUGGUUUAAGUGCUGGCCAAAACUGCAGCUGAUCCGUCGGCUUAGCUGCUGAAUCACUGCCUCUAACUCACCCCACGGCAGACACACACACGCGAUUUUGUUUGUUCGCAAAAGGAGGAAUUGGCUUUAACCCCUCACCGACCAACCGUCCAAUAAAUGACGCGUUUCGGGGCCCAGAGCGGCGCCCACGAUCGAAUCCGAUCAGAGCCGUUGAGCUCGAACCAUUUAACUUUUCACGAAGAUGGGAAACAUUAUGCUUAUUAAUUAUUGUCUCUUACUAUAUACUUUUUGUGCUCUGUUGACCACUGUUGCACUCAAUUAAAGGUUUUUGUGCUGUUGAUUUC